AUUAGACAUUUGUAUUAUUCAAAAAGAAUGAGGGCGCAGAUGGAUGUUGGUGCAAUAACUUAUCGCUUCAUGACUUAACUGACUUAACUGGUCAGAAAUUAUCCUUAUAGAUGUUAUAGAUUAGUUUUAAAGACCUAUGCAUGAUGAUGUUUGACGUUUGGUUACACUUGGCUAAUUUUUAUCAACAACAACAAAAAAAAAAGUACCCCGGAAGCUCUUCGUGCUCGCGCCACGUCAGAGCUACAACACUGUUAUCAUCAUUGCAACCAAAGCUGAGGAAGACUUGCUUCAGCCUUCAGCAUGCUGUACCUGGGACUGAGCUGUUUGCUGCUCCAUGUGUUUGUGGUGUUUGGGACUGAGCUCACAUUUGAGCUCCCCGACAAUGACAAACAGUGUUUCUACGAGGAACUAGAGAAAGACGUGAAGUUCGACAUUGACUUCCAAGUGAUUUCAGGAGGGAACUAUGAUGUGGACUGUUUUGUCACAGAUCCUCAAAACAAUGUGUUGUAUAACGAGAAGAAGAAGCAGUACGACAGCUUCUCUCACACCACAGCUAUGAAGGGAGUCUACAAGGUCUGCUUUAGCAAUGAAUUCUCCACGUUUACACACAAAAUUGUGUAUCUGGAGUUCCGCCAUGGUGACGAGGAACCUCUCCUCCCGAGCAUGACCAGAACCACGGCACUGACUCAGCUGGAGUCGACUUGCGUCUCCAUUCAUGAGAUCCUGAAGGUGGUGGCUGAAUCCCAGACGUGGUACAGACUACGAGAGGCACAAGACCGCACAAAGGCAGAGCACCUCUUAGAGCGGGUUACCUACUGGUCAGUCGGAGAAACCGUUCUGCUGUUUGUCAUCGGCAUCGGUCAAGUCAUGUUGCUUAGGAGCUUCUUCAGUGACAAGAAAGGCUCUGUAGCAGCGAUGACUUAACCAUGUAGUCUUGAAGACGGGUGGAAACCUGAUGUUAACGUAGCAGUGCAUCUGGAGAUUAACACACAACUUGUAGUAUCAGCAAACCCUUUUUUAAAGGGAUACUUUGAGUUAUUGUCUUUCUUCCGGCUUAUUCAGUGUGAAACCCUUUUUAUGUCUGUUUGUUUUGUUCUUGACGUGCUAUACUGAAAAGAAACACCACUCAUCAUACUUGUGUUGAAAAUGAUAUUGACAUUGUUCAAUCUUGCACAGAUUAUUUAUUAUAUUUUUAUAGAGGUAUGAUAAAGCAGUUUCAGUUAGAUCUACAGUAUCUGUUCAUGACCCAGAUUGCCUUCAGACUGGAUUUUCAUCUUGAUGCCCAGCAGUUACAGUGAAAGUUGUGGCACACAAGUAGAAACCAAAGAACUGUUGUUUGUAAUUGUUAGUUUUAGUUUUUUUUAUGGUGUUUAGUUUGAUGUUAUCAUCUUAAUUUAUGUGCAAAAGUUGUUCCCGUCCAUGCCUUUUUUUGUCUGUCAUAAAAAGUGCCUUAGGUUUUUUUUCUUAAUUUCCUACAAAAGUGAAUGUUUACUGUGUUUGUUUGUUUGUUACGUGCCAUUCUUUUGUUACUGAUUGAUUGGAUUCUUAGUUUUCAUUCAUGCACAUUUCGAGGUGUGCUGGUUGUGUCUGUGUUAUUCCACAAGGAGACAUGUUUAACGGACAUUAGAAAGUAACCUAUGGAAGAGGAUUAGGGCCACAUGGGAAAAAUUUAUUUGAGUUCUGACUUUAAUAAUUUUUUCAUGUGGUUUUAAUCCUCUUCCAUAGUAACCUGAUAUGUUUUCAGUCCUAUUUGUUAAUUUGUCUGUUUGUUAUCUGUAAAACAUGUCAACAGAUUUAAAUAAAAUUUAAUGGAAAGACAUUAAUUUAUGUGAAUUAUUUUAACAUUGUUGGUGCUGUGGCUAAAACAUUAAAAAUUGGGAAGUAUA